GAUAAUUUGGGUAUUUAGGUUUGUACCAUUAAAUCCUAAACCUACAAGUUGAGCGGCAAAAUAAUAUUACGAGAAUUCAUUCGUUUGGAGGUUUGUUUCAGAAUUAGCAGUUUGUCCUAGCCAUUGACUCCUUCCUUUCAUCUGGGCUCAACCAGCGAUCUGAAACACAAUCAAAUCCUCGCAGCUUAGGUAACGAGUUCCAACUUCUUCCGUAACAGCUUCAAAAUUCAACAAAGGUCCAAAUUCUGUUUCCCAAAGAGUGAGUUCAAAGGCAAUAAUAUUAUUAACUGCCAUGUCCAAGUCGAAGAAGCAGCGAUCAUCAUCGAUUCCAAUUGAAGAGUGUGACAGGGUUAGCUCCCUUCCGGACUCAAUUAUCUGUCACAUUCUCUCCUUUCUCCCAACCAAAGACACCGUCGCCACAAGCAUCCUCUCCAAGAGGUGGAAACCAUUGUGGCUCUCAGUCCUCACUCGAACGAUUUCAUCGACCAAACAGCCUUCAUGAACGAAACCACUCUUUGCAGUCAUGUUUACUCAAUCAUGCUAUCGCGUGACAACACACUGCCAAUACGAUCAUUCCGCUUCAAAUGUUGUGCUGCAUACCAACCCAACGAAAUAACCAAACUUAUCAUUGCAGCAAUACAAAGACGAACUGAAACCCUUGAACUUAACAUGUUGUCUAAUUUUUUAGACAUGAAAUUAGCUUCCAACAUAUUCACUUGUAUGACGCUUACUGUUCUCAAAUUAAAACACCUAACAAUCCUCGGAGACAUUCCUCAAAUAAAUAAUACUAUUUCACUACUCAAAACUCUCCACUUGGAUAGCGUUACUUUCAACACUCAUAAACAGAUCAUCGACUUUCUCUUGUUCUUUCCCAUUCUGGAGGAAUUGCAAACAAAUAAAGUAAAGGUAUUUCCUUUGAGGGAGUUUGUUCCUAAAACAGCAGACAAGAUCAAAUGCUUGCCCAAUUUGGUGACAGCCAAGCUUUCUGAUAACAAACCUAUUCCUCUCUUCCUGCUUUCCAGGGCACGGAGUCUCAGUAUAACUCUGACAUGGACCCACUAUUUCCAAGUCCCCAUUUUUUACAAUCUAACUCAAAUGGAGCUAUUCUCUAACUUAGAGGGUAAAAGUUGGCCUAAGAAGUGGAUGUGGAUGCUAGAAAUGCUUCAGCACACUCCAAAGCUUCAACAUCUUAUCAUUCAUGAGGAGAUAGAAAAUGGGAUAGAGAAUGGAAAUGAUGACGAUGAUGAUGAGGACAUUUGGGAGGACCCAAAGAUUGUUCCAGAAUGCCUUUCAUCUCAGCUCAAAACUUACUUGUUUAAGAAUUAUAGAGGCAAAAAGUGCGAGCUUCAAUUUGCAGAAUAUGUUAUGCGCAGUUCAAAAGUAUUAUGUAACAUGAUAAUUCACAGUGCUUGUUCCAUAGAUUUAAAUGCAAAGUACCGGAUGUUACAGAAAUUAUCUGUGUGUCCAAGGGGCUGUAAACUUAUAUUUGAAUGACUAGGGGAGGCUAGGAUAUAUAUAAUUUUGUAUGUCUAGCUUUCUUGUUAGAUUCUAGUGUGAGUCAAUGGUGUUUGAAAGACAAUAACUCUGCCUUAUUUUGUCCUCUAUGUCGUUUACAUUUUCAAUUAUGUAUUGGCUUUCAUGCAACUAAAAUCCAUUCCAGUA